GAUGCCUGAUACUGCACUUUUAAAAGUAGGAGCUGCGGGCUGGCUAGCACUUUGGAACUGCACUUGCAAUUGCCACUGUAGUGACGCGCCUCCCUGCCGACACGCUGGACAUUGCCUCUUGAGUGCGAUAAAUGGAUCCCGAUGAGCCCGUCAUUGCGCUUGCGAAAGAGGGCGAGACGCGAUUGAUCCCGCAACACGCUGCAGCGGCCCUCUCCACAGCAGUUGAACCAGCGCAUGGGGGCGAUGCAUACGAGGAUGACGACGAUGACGACGGUGCAGCCAGCGUCGGGCGGCCAGCGGCGGAGGACGAGGAGGAGGAGGAGGCCGAGAACGCUCAGGGCCCCAGCGCCAACGGUGCCGCUGGGAACACAGCAGCACAAUCGGCCGGCCAGGUGCAGAUUCCUGCCGGCGACGCAGCGGCCGCACACAUGACUGAAGAGGCAGCAACGGCGUCAGACGCAACGCCCUCCUCGUCAGCACAGGCGCAGGAUGACACGGCCGGUGAGAGCGUUGAGGCCAUCGAGGCCGCCGUUGCGAGCCUGGCGUUGGCACAACGCAAGGCCAGCCGUAGGACCCUCGCCGGGACGGCCGUCACAGGCUCGGAAGCCGAGGUACCAGCGGCAUCAGCAGCGGCGGCUGUAGGGUCAUCCACAUCUUCCGGGCCAAGCAGUCGGAGAGCCACGGACGCAUCAGGGGCCGCGGCAGCGCCUGCACCAGCGGCGUCAGCAUCCGGGGCCGCCGACGGCUCGGCGGCUGACGGGCGGCCAGCGGCAACACAGGCGGAGGCUUCCACCACCACCGCCACCGGUGCCUCCGCCGCCAGCCAACCGGCCGCCGACGCCGCCGCUGUGCCGUCGGGUGGCGGCGGAGCCGAGCGGCCGGCUGCCAGCAGCAGUAGCAACGGCGCUACGAGCGCCGGUGCGGGCGCGGGCGCGGGUGCGGUUGCCGCCGGCGGCGGCGAGGGCGAGGAGGAGGAGGAGGUCAGCACGCAGUGGUCGGCCUACCCCAAGCAUUUCUUCAUCCUCAGCUCCUCAGGGAAACCCAUCUACAGCUACACGGGGGAUGAGCGGUCGCUGGUGGGGCUGUCGGCGCUCAUAUCGGCACUCGUGUCGGUGGUGCAGGCCCAGGGCGACGCGGUGCAGUCCAUCCGCUCCGGCGCCACCCUCAUCGUGUUCCUGCUGCGCGGCCCGCUGGUGCUGGUGGCGGCCUCGGCGGCCGGCGAGCCCGCGCCCGCGCUGCGGCGGCAGCUGGAGCUGCUGCACGGGCAGCUUGUGCUGGUGGUCACCAGCGGCCUGGAGCGCAUCAUCCAGCGCAACCCCUCCUACGACGUGCGCUCGCUGCUGGAAGGCGUGGGCGGCGUGCUGGGCUCGCUGGGCCGCAUGCUGUCCGCCGACCCCGCCUACCUGCUGCAGGCGCACAGGCCGCUGCCGCUGCCGGCGGCGGACCGGGCGGCGGCCACGGAGCUGCUGUGCGAGGCGCUGAGGCAAUGCGGCGGCGUGUACGCGCUGCUCAUGGCGGACACGCACGCUGUGGCCAUGGCUCGCGGCCGCUCGCAGCCGGCGCCACACCCGGACGACCUGCUGCUGCUGGCCAACUUCGUCAUGUGCAACAACGCCUACAGGAACGGGCACGGCGAGGCGUUCAGCCCGGUGUGCCUGCCGCACUACAACGCCGACGCCUUCCUGCACGCGCACAUACACUACCUGGACCCCAACACAGGCCUGUACCUGGUGCUCCUGGCCGGCAGCGCCGAGGCCUUCCACGCCCUGUCCGCCGCCCGCGCCUGGUUCGAGGACCAGGCGGCGGUGCGCGGCCUCAUGCCGCGACUGCGCGCGCUGAGGCCGCCGCAGCCCGCCUACCCCACCGCCACAGCCAUGGGGCCCGCGGCCGCGGAGGCGGCUGCAGCGGCGGCGGGCGGAGGAGCCGGGGCCGGCGGCGCUGCUGGUGCGCCGGCGGCGGCGGUGGCUGCGGGCCGGGGGCGGGCACUGCCGCCGCCGCAGCACCUCAAUGUGCUGUGUGUGGAGAACCUGCCGCGGCCAUUGGGCGGCAAGUUCGGGCACACGGCGCUGUGGUCGUACGCGGUGCGGUUCGGCGGCCUGCAGCAGGCGCUGUUCUCGCCGCCCUGCCCGCUGCACAGGUCGGCCGAGGGAGCCGCGCGCCUGGCCACAGCCUAUGCGCAGCUGCACAGCCUGCUGCACUCGCCCGCCGCCACCAAGCCCAACAAGCUGGCCUGGCUGGCCGACAGCAGCUGCGUGCUGGUGGCGGCGCGCGGCGACAUGAGCGGCCUGGUUGGAGGCGGCGGCGGCGGCGCCCUGAGCAGCCUGGGCAGCAGCCGCGGCGGCGGGCACGGCCCCCACGAGGCGGGCCUGGAGCUGUAUGCGGUGUGUGACCCUCUGACGGACAAGGCUACGGCUCUGUCACUGUUGGAGGCGCUGCGGCGGCACUUCGGCGACCGCGGCAUUGCGGCGGACGUCACGCUGCCGCCCGCGCCGGCGUGAUGAGGCGGGGGCGCGGGGGAGGCGGGGUGUGGGAGGAGGCCGGGAGAUGGGAGGCGGGCGUGGGUGGAGGUUGUGGACAGGUAGGGGCCGUAAACUGGGCGUGUGAAGCACGGACGAGGCAUGGGCUGAAGACGUGCGUGGUGUACAGAUGGCGUGCGGUCCAGCAGUAGUUGGCGAAAGAAACCGGGACGUACAUGCAUGCGAGACAGGUGCAUUGCUGCUUCGUGUUGAUUGUGUCUAUUCCGGUCAGUAUAACUACGGUAAUAGCUGACGCAUACAGGGUGGUGCACGCAUACAGGGUAUCCAGAUUCGAGAGCA